CGAACGACAGAUUAGUUGAAAACGCCGAGGCAGCAACAGCUCAUAGAAAGCGGCAACAGCAGCAACAUUUUUGUGAACGCGCGGUUUUCAAUGUGCAAUUAAAAUACCACAAGUCAAGAAGAAGAGUGCAAAAAAGGUUUUCCAUUUUAAAAUAGUGAUGUUAUAAAAUUAAAAAAAAAGUGUUACCAUUGCGAAGUGUCGAAGUAGCAUUGAGUACGAAAACAAAAAAUAUGCCACGAAAUUUGUAUGUGGAAAGAAAGUUGAGUGAAACGUAGAGAAGCGCAAGAGCAAAGCGACGGAAGAAACGAAAACCGAAACCGAGAAAAAACGAAUAUUAAAACAAACGCACUACCAGUCGAUAGCAAUAAAAAUAAUAAAACGUUAAUUUGUAGCCACAAAAACACUAAAACAAUAACAAACAGCAUACCAAUCAGCCGCUAUUACAAAUACAUAUAUUGCAUAUUUGGACAGCGGUUUCGGUCGACAUUCAAUCCAUUCGAACGGCUGCAAGUAAAAGUGAUUUUGUUACCGGCCACAACGCACGUCGCCUGUGCUAAACAGUUUCAAUAUACAUACAUACAUUUUAUUACGACAUUCAGUUUGGGAUUUUUUCUUGUUGUUGUUGUGACAUUGCUUGGUUCGCGCUGAACGCAUAACUUCAAGUGACGUAUUUGUGCAUUGAUCAAACCAACUCGCUGCGAAAAGAGUUGCUCUUUUAGGAUAAAAUAUUCGAUAGUGGCUGUGGAUCGAAGAUCACUUUUACUAGCUGGAAGCUGAAAAACAAACAAUAAAUAAAACCUAACAAAAUGAAGCUGUUCUACAUAUUGGCGCUUACGCUUCCUCUACUGGCUCACGGCUAUCCCGCACAGAGUGAAGAUAAAUCCCUCUCACUGGAGGAGGUUGAGCUUCCCGACAGCGAUCACGCCGCCACAGACGGCGAAUCACAAAUACAAAAACGCUCUGGCAGUUUUGAUUACGUAGCGCAUCUGAAAUCUGGUCUACUCUCGAGCAUCGGACAGGCCUCAGCCUCCAUAGCGUCGGGCAGUUCGGGCGGCAGUAGUAGCAGUGGUGGCGAUAGCUACAAAUCAUACGAGUCGGCUCAUGGCAAUUCUGUAGAAUACAAUCCAUGGUCGUUUAAGAAAUCAGUGCUCAAUACUAUUUUCCAAGCGGUUAAGGCAAUCACCGGCGGUGUGACAGCACUGAAGGGUCAACUCAUAAAGGGUAGCGGUUAUGCGUUGAGCGCCAGUGGCAAUUUGGUUGCCGCUUCGGGUGAUAAGGUCACCGAUGUUGGCAAAGCUAUCAUCAAUUCGGCGCAAAUUAAUUCACAUGGCUAUGGUGCUGGUGUUGCUGUGCAUCCUUUCGCCAAAUUCAGCUCAUUCUCGGGUGCUUCGUCGGGCGGCAGCAGCGGAACUAAACACACUGCUGGUCCAGUUGUGCACACAGAAAGUGAGUAUAUUUUAUGUUUGAUAACUUAA